UCAUCUCUGUUAUUUAUGCCUGUAAUAUAAUAUCAAUAAGUAUAAAAAUCAUGUUCGCGACGAGAAAUUCAUUCCGCGUUUUAACGCCCGUUAUGAACCGUCCGAUGACUAUCGCACGGAAGGCCGGUAUCAAGCACUUAGUCCUACCGAAAAAAUUCGAUAUCGAGUUUCCGGAACGUCCUAAGCUUAAAAUUAUGGAAAAAGUACCUCAAUAUCCUGCUGGAUUUCGCCCCUUCAAGUUACAGAAAAAGUUGAGGUUAAUGCGGGGGCCUGAACCCUUUCACACGACGCUUGUGCAUAAACAGUACGGAAUCGUUGCUACGGGUGGAGGUCGGAUGGCUUAUAAACAUUUUGAAAUGGUUCGAAUGUCUCUGAUCAGAAAGCUAGAUUAUGACAGGAUGUUUGCAAUCUGGCGUAUCGAUGCCCCUUGGCAGCCGAUAACGAAAAAAAGCCAGGGACAACGUAUGGGUGGAGGGAAAGGCGCUAUCGAUCAUUACGUUACCCCUGUUAGAGCAGGUCGAGUCAUCGUCGAAGUAGGAGGUCAAUGCGAGUACAUAGAGGUGGAAAGGAUACUACAAGUUAUCGCUAAGAAACUGCCCUUUGACGCGAUAGCGGUUAGCCAUGAGAAAUUGAACGAAAUACAAGAGACCGAGGAAAGACUAGAAAGGGAAAAUCUAAAUCCCUGGACUUUCAAAUACAUCGUUCAGAACAAUCUCGGUGGCUGUCUUAACUGGAUUUCUCCGGUAGAUAAACUGUGGUUUGGAAAAUACCGUUAAACCAUACCUUUUGUGAAUACAUGUAACGAAAUAAAAUGAAAAAUAUAAACCGCAUUCUAUUCUGCCCGAGUAAAAGUA